CUUCGGAAAACAAACAUGGCAUGCGAUUAAUAGCAUGACGUUGUUUCUUGCCUAGUUCUUCAAACAGACUUGUAUGUGUGGGUAGUCCAAUCCGAGGACCUCGGGGUAGCUUUCUGUAUUUCGAUUCGGUUGCAGAUGUGCCAUGCUGCGGUGCGAUCGUUUCGGUUCCUGAUAGCCCUGUGGGAUAUCGUCCUAUCAUAUGAUCGGAUAGGCACGGCGAUUGCAAAGAGCUCCCUCGGCGCCAACUCCAAAACGGCUGCCUCUCUCCAAAAACUAGGUGACGUGACCAAGACUCGCCGGGCUCCCGCAUCCAAGGCAGUCAAUAAGGGAAAGCCUUUCAUCAGUGCAUUUGAACGGCUCCACGUCACUGACGCACCAGAAGAAAACCAGUGUGAUCGAUUGAUCCAUAAAUGCACUAGUGAUCAGCAGACUGUUUGGGUAUCACGAUGACUAGCUGUUUCUUAAAUAAGGACAUAGACAGUCAGAGAUAUGAUCCAGACAUGACGCUCAACUUUAGAAUUCUAGACCUUGGGCCUAUGAGAUAUAUC